AUGAACCACAAGCCACUGUCCAUGAACCACCGCGCCUCUGACCGCUUCCUUGAGAGGAAAUAACCGCCAAAUCGCGCCCGUUGCUCCCGAAUUCCCGCCCAAACGCGCCUCGAACGUCCCCAGGUUGGCGGCGCGCGCGCGCGCGCGCACGCACGAAACCAGAGGCGGCCCCGACCCGUUCCUUUUUGCGCAUGUGCAGGUUCCCGCCCCACCCUCCUCCGCCUGUGGGCGGGGCCCUGGCGGGCAUUCCUCAUCUCCGACGCGGGUUCUGGGAGCGACAGCCGGAGGCUUACCAGUCUCGGGUUGCUGCCGGAAACGAGGCUCAUCGGAGACUGGAAGCGCGCCCCGGGUAGGUAAAAGAUUAUUGCGCACGUGGUGGAAGAGCGCGCGCUUUUUGAUUUAGCCUCUAGGAAGGAGUUUUGGUUGUAGAUAUAAAUACAGUAUAUAUCUUAAAAGGUGGGCGUUACUGUUGCAAAGAAUAUAUAUAAUUUUCUGAAAAGGUGGGAAUUCUUGUUGCAAAGAAAUAACAAUGUGUGUGUUGAAAAGGUGGGGGUUCCUAUUGCAAAACAUAUAUAUAUAUAUGAUUUUCAGAAGGUGGGAGUUCUCGCUGCAAAGAGGUAUAAAUGCAUAUGUGGGAGUUCUCAUUGCAAAGAAACACGUGACACACGUCUUUUUUUCUGAAAAGGUGGCCUGUUUUGCCCUCAAGGAGAAAAGUGUGGGGAUGAGUAAGUUGAGUUCUUCAGCGGAUCAAUUUUUUUGCUUGACAGAGAAAUUAAGUGUGUAUUUUAUUUUAUUUUUGUUAAUUUUCCUUAUAAGGGUUUUGGCUACACGAAUAAACAUCUCUGCUGAAGGGGCACUGCGGAGUGGCUCACAAUGAUGGGUGAAAGAAAGAUCAUUUGAGUCUCGGAUCAUUUCAAAGCAUUGCAAGGGGUCUGCACUGUAUGUAAAUCUCUUAGUAGUAUAAUGUCCUUGCUAUGCAUGUGAAGCUAAUAAUAAUAAUAAUUGGUUUCCCCAGCCACUCUGGGCGGCUCCCAAAAGAAUAUUAAAAACACGACAAAACAUCAAACAUUAAAAACUUCCCUAAACAACUUCCUAUUGUGAGCUGGUUUCGGAGAGAUUUGACCUAAAAGGCGGCCCCACGUGCUUUCACUCAGUGGCUCCCAAACUUCUGCAACAGACCACUUGAAAAUUGCUGGUAGCCAUGGCACAUCACUUAAAUGGCUUUUUUUUGCUAGUUGUGGGCAUUUGUAAUGUGCUGUGACAGAUGCAGUUUGAUUUUUUAAUUGUAUUAUUACUGCUUUUAUUUCUUUUAAUGUGUUUUAAUUCUAUUACGAUUUGCAUUCCAUAGAAUUCAGAUCAAUACAAUAAAAUACAGUAUGAAUAUUGGAAAAGUGAUAAAAAUGCAAUUAAAAUCAAUAUGAAUAUUGAGGCUUGCAGACCACUAGUACUCUACGGUUUGGGAAUCCUUGCUUUAGCUAAUAAAUUGGUUUACGUUGCUCUCUUUCCUGCAGUGUUCUGGAAUUUUGGAGCUUACUGGGGUUGUGGGGAGUGAUUCAGCUCAAAGAGUUUCAGCUGUGUGCUUUGGUCACAUGCAGUAACAGUAAAAAAAAAUAAAAAAUUAAAGAAUGACUGUAUUUGUAGUAUUGUGUAUAGUUUGGCACCCUUCCUAUCUUUAAGGAUAUUUUAGAGCUGGAGAAGUUGCAGAAAAUAGCAGCCCAAAUAUCAGGGCUGGUCUGUGUGUCCUACAGGAAAUGCUUGCUUGUUACUUCUUUUGGUAAGAAAAAUAAAGAGUUGAGUACGGUUGGUGAUAUAAUACUGUUUUAUAAAAUUAAUUAUAAAAUUACUUCAUGGAGGACAGAAGGGGGUGGCUUGUGGUUGUUUGUUCUUUUUAAAAAGAAAACCUAGAAGUCUCCCUAUGAAGUUGAUUAGUGUUGUAAACAAAAUCUGCCCUUUUUCCCUUAUGGGGUACCCAAGAGCCCAUAUAGAGUCCUUACAUGGGUUCCCUAUCGGUAGGAGAAAAGAACAGAGGCCAACCAGAGAAUAUUGAGAAGCAAAGCAGCUAGUAAGCCUGAUCUUUAUUAAACUGUUGCAACAGGAGGAUGAGGACCUUGAACAAUGGCGUGCAAGGCCUUAUUGUAUCCAUUUUGAAAUUCCCUGCCAUGGAGCUCCAGAAGGGGUGUAACCCAAGACCACCCCUCACAAACAUCAUACCUACAUCACAGAAAAGGCGGUCUACAACAGAAAUUUGAAUGUUGUUGUUUUUCCUGUCUGCCAGGUUGCCUUAUCGGAUUGCCUUUUCUGGUAGCCUGGCCCUUCCUUUGAAAUGGUAAUUACUUAAUUCCUGAGACAAUAGGCAGGUUUUUUUUUCCAUUUCCGCCCCCCUUGCAGUGAAACAUUUGAUCAGUUUGGGAGUUAAAAUGGUUUCAGGACUGUCUUCCUGUGCUGCUUCAGACAUGUGGUUUUUAUAUUUAUGUACGUGUUUGCUUGGUACAUUUAUGAACAUUUAUCAUAUCUAAGACCUUAAAAUUCUUACAACAUUAGCAUCUGAUUCAGAAAAACCAACCAAGGUUUCUCAUACAGCCUACUGCUCCAGUGGAACUCACUUCCUCAGGAUGGGAUGAUGGCCAGCUUAGAAAGGUGGGUGGGAAGAUUAGACAAACUGAUGGAGGAUAAGUUUCUUUACUGCUAUUGUGAUCGCGGAAGAUGAUGAUGAUGACUAAAUGGAGCCUCCAUGUUCAGGGGUAGUAUGUCCCCUAAUGCUUUUGCCUUUCUGUCUUCUCAGAGGGCAUCUGAUUGGCCAGUGUGGUAAACAGAUUACUGGACUGGAUAGAGAAGACUGUCUGCUCCAGCAAAGCUGCUCUUGCCUCAAACUUCUAAAUCUUAUUCCCUUCUUUCCAUUUACUAAUAAUUGACCUCAAAGCUGUUCUUUGAUAGGAUUUUGCCUUUAAUCAGAUGUUGCCUUUCAGCCGUGCCUCCUCUGCUAGAUGUGCCAUCUGUGUAAACUUUAAGAAGGGUGUAAAUGGCGAUUUGCUUCUAUUCCCUUGCAUGCUGCCAGAACAAAGAGCAAAAGUGUUGUGCCCUGACAUGCCUCAUCAGCUUGCUUAGUCACUACGAUAAUUCGGGAACUGAGAGCAGUUUCGAAUUCAGUUUCCUUUUCCCAGAUCCUACCCUUUGGGCUUUUUCUUACUGCUCCGGUGAAUGCAUGCUGUUUUCCAUUCAGGAUCUGUUUGCUGCUUGUGGACUCCUGUUGUGCAGUAAGUGCUGAUAUCUGACGUUCUCUGUGUUUUGGUUGGGGGGGUGUUGUCUACUUGCAAUUAAGUAGGUUUAAGAUUGCAGCUAACAUAGGCAAGUCUACAGCAUAAAAAGGGCUGCUACGUCAAACCUUCCCCAAACUAUAUUUAAAGUAACGUGUGCAUCAAGUUUUUGGGGGGUUAUGGCUAAAUUUGGAUGCAACUCUUAAUUAUUUUACGCGGUUGCUCAGAGUCUGGGCAAUAUGAGUGGAAUAUGAAUGAACAAAGUUGAUUGUUAGGGAAGCGGUAAAGCAGCGUGCACCAAAUCUUUGAUUUGGCUUCCAAGGGAGCUCUGUUUUCGAAAUCAAUCUCCAGUUUUGCUAACAAAAAGAAAAAAAUCCUUUCUCUCUCAUAAUCUCUGCUCCCCUUCUCCCACCAUAUGAGAAAUGUUUGUGUUUUGUUGAGCACAGAAUAUAAGGGUGCAUUUUAUAGUGAGUGCUCUCUCUCCCCCCCCCCCUUUAGUUUUGUUGGGAGAGGAGACACUAUGUAACUUGAAACCUCACAUUUCCUGUAUUUAGCACCGUGGAAUGGGCACUUGGGAGUAAGCCCCAUUGAAUUUGCCUCUGAGUAAACACACAAAAGGAUUGCUCUGCAAAUGUCCCCAAACUACCUGCCUUCAUUUUGUUCCAUUGAUUUAUUGCCUUGUUCACUGGAUAAUGUACAAAGAUUCAUUUGUAGAAAGUGCCCAACUUUUGUUUGGGCAAGAAAUACCGUUAGCCAGAUGCAAAGGACGCUGCCUCCUUCACCUUUAACAAUAUUGUAGAAUAACUCCUAUUCAGCAGCUGUUGUAUGACAGCCUACAGCCCCCCCUUAAUCUAUCCACCAGAAACUUAUUUCUUCACCACCAACCCUUCUAGUUUUCUUGAACAUGCACCCAGAGAAAAGGUUCUCUUUAACCCAGAAGCUCACAGACUGCAAUUGGAACACUAUUUGUUCAAACCAGUAUGUGAACAAUUGAAAGUGCUGAAUUUCAUUUUUGGCCCCUCCCGUAAGUGCCCUGACAUAAGUCACCCGAAGGCACCCUGCCCUGAGAACCAUCUGUGGAAGCUGAAUUUAUGAAGAGCAUGGCCUUCUUUGUAAUGGCACUAUUGUUAUGGAAUGGGAUUAAAGAUGCCUCCCAGGCUAGUUUGUCUUUCAGAAGGCUAAAGACCAUUUUGUUUUAAGAAUGGGGCUUUGUUGACUAGCAAUCAGGCAAAUACCUUGUUUUUAAUGGAAAUCCUUCAAGACAGGACUGCUAAUAUUUUUGCUCUGCUUCUUUUGGCUUGCAUUUAUGAUAAAUUGUGUUACUCAGUCUAAAGUGUGUAUGUUAACCCCCAGUUUGCUGAAAGUUGUGUUACCACCUUCUUCCCCAGGCUAAUUUUUUCUCCAGCUGAAAUUAAGACAUGCUAUAUGCAUAACUUCUGGUUUAUCUUCCUUCCCUGGGGGAAAGAGAGAGAAAAGGCUUUGGAGCAAAUGCAUGUGUGUAUUAAUGAGGCCUGUGCCAGACUAAAGAGCUCCCUGCUGUAUUCUUAAAAAAGCUACUCUGUUCCAAUUAUUAUUCCGGAUCAGUCCUCCUUAGCCCUCAUAGGGUCCUUGGGGUCUCAGACCACAAGAGGCAUUCACAAGCUAGAACAGAACAAAUUAUGAGAGCUAAGAUCUGUGGAAGAGCACCAACUGUGUAAGUAGCAGUUGUCAAGGACCAGCACCCAAAAACUUGGGGAGUAACUCAUAUUUAGCAGUAGCCAAAUAACCAGAAUCUAAAAACCCUGCAAGGUAUAAUUCUGUCCCACUCCUUAAGUUUAACUAGUCUGGGCCAGGAGACUCCCAGAACCUUACUGGAUGCCACUUAAGAUUCAAAGGACAAGAGCUUAAAGAUCAGACUUUCUGUCCCUCAAGCUCACACAAUUGUUCAGUAGGUAAUGAUUUAAGAAGUUAAGAACUCAAUUCAGUACUCAAGGCUUUAGCCAAAGAAACAACAAAAAUAGAUGGUGUAGAUUUUUUUGAUUUUUUUUUUUAAAUACUAGCAUUAAAAAGAGAACAUGUAUACCACUGAGGAAUACAAGUAAACCGCAGUUAAGAAAUAUCUUUGGGAUUUAUAAGACAAAACAGAAACUUGCCUACAAACCAUCACCGCAGUUGAGCCCAGAGGAAAACAGGGAACCAGACAGGUGUCCAGAACAAAAGUUGUGAGGCAAAAGAUAAGGAAAUGAAUGUCUUUAAUCCUAAACAGCACAGCAACAAGGGCGACCCCAGCUAUCUAAUCAGGAAGCUUCUAGAUACUAAGAUCCUGCCGUUUCACACACAGCAAUUUUCCCCCUAGCUGGUACACUGACCUUCAACACAUCAGACAUUUAGAGAAUGCAGGUGCUGGUUCUUGUGAGCUCAUUUCCAAUUAGUGGGAUAAGAAUAUCUUCUCAGAGGCCAGGUUUUUACACAGAGGCCUGAGAACAGGUCAGUUUUUCAAAAUAAAACUUUUAAGGCUGCAUUAUGGUUGAGAAACUUGGCUCACAACUCAAGUGAAUUCUGCAUUCCAUUCUCAAAUUAGGGUUUUUCUCUUUAGGCUUAAAGAUUAAAGUUGGCAUAGCAUUGUGCUGGCAUUUCUUAUCUGACAGAUGAUAGAAUUCAGACUAUGGAAGGAGGAAACAAUUUAAUUGUUGCUGUUCUGAAGGCUAUAAAUGAAGGAUCUUGCGUGCCAAAAUUUGAUUUCAUCAUGAAUUCUGACUAAACCACAGAGUAGUCUUCCAACCUGCCAGGCAGAAUCUUAAGUGCUCAAGUCUGAAAAAGUUAAUGUAAGAAAUUGACUCAAUCCUGUGAAUCUCAUGGUACAAAAAAUGUGUUAACCUUUCAGAAAGUUUUUUCCUGCUUGGAAACAUUUGUCCUCACACUUUUGUAAUAAAGUUUAUUGAACAGGAAGUUAAAGAGAAGCAUCUUAGUGCUCCAAAUCCAUACAUUUUGUAUUGACUGACUGGUUUAAUUGAAGCUGACUUAAAAGAUUGAUCAUAAACUAUUCCCCCAGGUAUCAUUUAAAGUUUUCAACAUUCAGAUUCACAUGUUUGCUGACAUGUUUACCAUUGGCCCUGUUGACAGAAGCUGAUUGGGAUUAUAUUCCAAAACACCUCAAGCAGAGUUUGAAAUUAGCAGGGCACCAGGUGCAUUUUGCUCCUAAAGUUUCUCCAUUUUCAAGCAUCUCUAAAAUGGGUGCCAUUUUUUGCACCUGGCUGACACACAAGGAUUACUGAAAUGUAUUGUUGGCUAUAUGCAGUUUAGUAGCACAGCAGAGAGCUUGCUGGGGAGACCAUGCAUAACAAGGAACUCAAAAUAACUUUAAAAAGGUUUUAAUAGCAAAAACAAAAACUCCUUUUACACUAAAGAUAACAACAACCAACAUGACCCAACCACCAACCCAUCCCCCAGGGUAAUGACAGAGCUAGGUGCUGCUCCUUAUAUACUACACCCAAUUGCUGGUACAGCUUAAUUAACUUAACUUAGCAGCACCUGCUAUGUUUCACAACUGUAAGACUGGCUCUCGUUAUUUGCCUUGGCCCUUAAAGACAUACACAACUUGUGAAACAAUAAUGAACCUUCACUUUUUAAAGUGACCAUUCAACAUGUAUGUGAUUUUUAUUUUUUUUAUAAAAUAUUUAUUGAAGUUUAGACAUUGCAAAAAAAGAAAAGAAAAACAAAAGAAAGUUAUAAGCAAUAAACAAUUACAAAGCUUCAAAAGCAAAAAUAAAUACAGUAGUACAAAACAACAAUACAAAAAGAAAAAGAAAAGAAAAGAAAAGCAUUAAAAAAAAAGAAAACCCCAAAAAAGAACAAACAUACAAAAGAACCACAUAUUUUCAUAUCCUUAUCUUUCAUUUGCUUAUUUCCUCAACUUCCUCACACCUCCUUUUUUGUAUUCUAGUUCAAUUAAAUAUUCCAGCAAGUCCUUUCCCUCUUUCACAAAUUUAGUUCCAUAAUUUAACUUAACACAGUUUUAGACUUAAAUGUACAUCUUUACCCAAUGUCAAUCUAUUCAUUAUAAUAUUUCUACUAAAGUCAUAUAACUUCUUUCCAGCAUCUUUCUAACAUUCAUUAAUUUUAGAAUAUUUCUGUAAAUAAGCUUUGAAUUUUUUCCAAUCUUCUUCCACCGACUCUUCUCCCUGGUCUCGGAUUCUGCCAGUCAUUUCCGCCAGUUCCAUGCAACAUGUAUGUGAUUUUAAACCUCAAAGUAUAUGUUAUAUGCUGUCUGGCAGGUGUCUUUUUGCAAGCUUUUUAAUCUCCCUCUCCCCUUCUCUCUUUCCGCAGCCUCCCAGAUCCGCAGAACGUGACUCCCUGAAGCAAUGGGCAAGCCCAGGAAUACCUCUGGCAAUGUACCCUCUCCUCAACCUGCUGCCACGGCACCAAAAGCAGCCCCGGCAGCCCCACGAUCUUCUGCCUCAUCCAGAACGGUACCUGCCAGCAGCAGAACUCAGAGUGCUCCUGCUGCGAAGGGUCAUGGUGGCCGACAGGGGGCGGCUGAAAAGCCAGCCAGUGCCACAAGUCCGAGAGGAACAGGGCAAAGUUACCAGGCAAGGUCCACAUCAGCAUCUGGCAGCGAGCAGGGAAGCACAAAGAGUGGCCGUGGAGCAAGAGCAAAGACCCCCACAGUAGGAGCAAGAGGAGGAGGAAAGUCCCCUGCUGCAGCUACUGAAGCCUCUGUAGGUCCUGCUGCUUGCAGCCCAGCGCCGACACAGGCGGCUAGCAAAACUCAGGGCAAAUCCCAAGCUAAAGCGAGCCACUUCCCUUCCCCUCUCUCUGCUGAAAAAGUUGCUGAAAUAGAGAAAGAAACCCGGGGCCAGCGCACUAACCCCGAAUGGUACAAGCAGCGUGCAAACCGCAUCACAGCGUCCAUAGCUCCCCAGAUAGCCAACAGCAAGUUUGUGAAUGGCAAGAGCUCCGAGAUUCCUCAGUCGUACCUGAGGCGUGUGGUGGAAUCUUCUUCCGGCGUGCAGACCCCGGCCAUGUCUUGGGGCGUCCGCAACGAGAAGAAAGCGGUGCAGGCGUAUGAGGCGCUCAAGUCCAGCAAGGUUAACAAAGCGGUGAAGGUGGACAAUUGCGGCCUCUUCAUUGACCAAAGGAAACCUUGGCUGGCUGCCAGCCCCGACGGGAUUAUCAAAGACGCAGAUACCGGGAAAGAGCUAGGGGUUCUGGAGGUCAAGUGUCCCUACAAACACAGAGAUAGGACCGUGACGGAAGCUUGCAAGGACAAAAGCUUCUGUCUGGAGAAGGUGGGCGACUCCUACUCUCUGAAGAAGAACCACCAAUAUUACACGCAGUUGCAAGUCCAGAUGGGCGUCACUGGCCUUCCAAAGGGCGAAUUGGUGGUGCACACCAACAAAGAAACUGCGAUUGCCCCUGUAGAUUUCGACCCUGUUUUCUGGGAGACGACCGCAUCAAAAUUGGAGAAGUUCUAUGUGGAGGCUGUAGUCCCUUGCCAGGAGGAGAAGAAAAGUGCUGCUGCCUGGGCUAAGGAAGAAUGA